AUGGUGGCUCGUGUCCUUUCCGUCUGUGUCCGCCGCCUUCCUGUGGCCUUCGCGCCGCUGCCCUGGGUCCCCGCACCGGCCCUGGCCCGGCAGCUCAGCACCGUUUUGUGGCCCGCGGGGAACCGGAUGAGACCCGGGACUACGCAGCCAGCCUUACUACUCUCACAGGUUCCAGAAAGAGUUACACAGUUGUGCUACCAGUAUAGUGACGCACCCCCUUUGGCAUUAGAGGGAAUCAGGGACCGUGUUUUGUAUGUCCUGAAACUCUAUGACAAGAUUGAUCCAGAAAAGCUUUCGGUAAAUUCCCAUUUUAUGAAAGACCUGGGCUUAGAUAGUUUGGAACAAGUGGAGAUUAUCAUGGCCAUGGAAGACGAAUUUGGGUUUGAAAUUCCUGAAAAGAGAUGCAGAAAAGUUAAUGUGUCCACAAGAAAUUGUUGA